AUGCUGCUGUGGGUGUCACUGCUGGUCCUGGCUCCCAUCAGUGGAAAAUUUGCAACUGCUCCCAAGUCUGUGAUUUCUCUCUCUCCUCCAUGGAACACACUCUUCCAAGGAGAGACGGUAUCUUUGACUUGUAAGGGAUUUGACUCCUACUCACCAAGAAAAAUAAGAUGGUACCAUGAUACCAUCAAGAAAGAAAACACAAGCGAUACCAUAGAGGUCCAUCAUUCUGGAGACUACAGAUGCCAGAUCCAGGACUUACCCUUCAGUAACACUGUGCACUUGGACUUCUCAACAGCACCAUUAAUCCUGCAAGCUCCAGUCUUUGUAUUUCAAGGAGACACCGUGGAUCUGAGAUGUCUGGCAAAUAAGGGAGUAGUGCUGAACAAACUAAAGAUUAACAAGAAUGGGAAAGACUUUUUUGAUAAGUCAGUAGGCCAGAUUCAUCAAGCAAGUAGAAAGAACAAUGGUUACUAUAUUUGCCAAGGAUUUGAGGAACCUAACAUGUUAAUUUAUUCAAACAAAGUUAAAAUCGAAGUGGAAGAAUUGUUUUCAACUCCUGUGCUGACAACCAGACCCCUGAGACCCACGGAGAGGACCUCAGUGACCCUGAUUUGUGAGGUACAACUCGCUCCACAAAGGUCAGACACCCAGCUCCAGUUCCGCUUCUUCAAAGAUACAGAAGCUCUGAGUUCAGACUGGAGUUUGUCCUCGGAGUUCCACAUCCCUGCUAUAAGGAGUACAGGACUUUACUCCUGCAGUGUAAAGACCGUGACUUCUAACAUAGAGAACCAAAGCCAUAAAGUCCAGAUACCUGGUGCAAAGAUCCCUGUAUCUCAGCCUGUCCUCAACCUCAGACUUCCUGGUGCCAAAGCUUUUGAGGGAGACAAGGUGACAUUUUACUGUGAAGUCCAAAAAGGUUCUUUGCCCAUCAUGUUCAAGCUUUAUCAUGAGGAUGAAAUCCUGACAUCAGAAAUCUCUCAAAGUAGAAUGAAAUACUUCAGUCUGUAUCUGACUGCACGACAUUCUGGACAAUACCACUGCUCAGUUACCAAUGGCUUGGGGACCCAUCAUAGUAAGGCAGUCAGCCUUGCUGUCAAGGUUCCUGUGUCUCAGCCUGUCCUCAUUUUCAGAUCUCCUGGGACCCAAGCUUUUGAGGGAGAUACCGUAACAUUUUACUGUAAAACCCAGAAAGGCUCUCCCCCAAUUCAAUAUCAGUUUUAUUGUAAUAAUAUCAAAAUAAGGAGCCACCCUAAACGCUAUGGAGAAGCAUCUUUCAGCCUCACUCUGACCACAGAGCAUUCCGGAAACUACUACUGCACAGCUGACAAUGGCCAGGGGCACCAGUUCAGUAAGGUUGUAAGCCUCGAUGUCACGAUUCCUGUAUCUCCCCCAGUCCUCACACUCAGGACUCCCAGGGCUCAGGCUGUGGUUGGAGACAUGGUGGAGCUUCACUGUGAGUCCCAGAGAGGCUCACCCCCAAUCCAGUAUGGAUUCUAUCAUGAAGAUGUCAUCCUGGAAAAAAGAUCAGUUCUUUCUGGAGGAGGAGCUUCCUUUAGUUUCUCUCUGACUGAAAAGCAUUCUGGGAAUUACCACUGCACAGCUGACAACGGUAGGGGGACCCAGCACAGCUAUACAGUGCUACUCAGUGCCAUAGUUCCAGUGUCUCGCCCUGUCCUUACUCUCAGGACUCCCAAGACCCAGGUUGUGGUGGGAGAUGUUGUGGAGUUUCACUGUGAAGUUCAAAAAGGCUCUUUCCCAAUCUCAUAUCAAUUUUAUCAUGAAGAUGUCACCUUGGGCGAUAGCUCAGUCCUUUCUGGAGGAAGAGCAUUCUUCAAGCUCUCUCUGACAGCAGAACAUUCUGGAAGCUACUCCUGUAAGGUCAACAAUAGCCUGGGGGCUCAGCUUAGCCAGGUGGUGACUGUCAAUGUCAAAGUUCCAGUGUCUCGUCCAGUCCUCACCCUCAGGGCUUCAAGGGACCAGUCUGUGGUUGGGGAUGAAGUGGAGCUUCACUGUGAGGCCUGGAGUGGCUCUCCGCCAAUCUUGUACCGGUUCUAUCAUGAGAAUGUAAUCCUGGUGAACAGCUCAGUUUCAUCUAGAGGAGGAGUGUCCUUCAACCUCUCUCUGACCAUAAAACAUUCUGGAAACUAUUCCUGUGAGGCUGACAAUGGCCUGGAGGUCCAGCACAGUGAAGUAGUGGCACUCUCCAUCAGAGGGCUGACAGGAAGCAGAAGUGGCCCUAUAGCCAUAGGAGUCACCGGGGCACUGCUCAGCUUGAUGGGCUUGGUUGCUGUGGCACUGCUGCUGUUCCUUUACUGGCUCCCAAGAAAAGCAGGAAAAAAACCUGCCUCUGACCUCACUAGGAGCCCUUCAAACUUGGAUGCCCAAGAGCCCACCUACCACAACAUAUCAACCUGGAUAGAACUGCAGCCAAUAUACAGUAAUGUGAAUCUUAAAAGAGAAGACGUGGUUUACUCAGAAGUCCAGAGCAUCAAAAAACAAAAGACCAAUGCAGUGGUCUCCACAUCAGGGCUUCUCAAGAACAAGGACUCCUCUGUCAUCUACUCCCAGGUGAAGGUGACAUCAACCUCAGCCUCUCAGCUCCAGCUGGGAGCAUUCUCAGCUCCUGACAGAUGA